AUGAGCAGAAGAGAAAGAGACCCAUUGGUGGUGGCAAGGAUAGUGGGUGAUGUGUUGGAUCCCUUUAACAGGUCUGUAUCUUUAACAGUAAGAUACAACUCGAGGGAAGUGGCAAAUGGGUGUGAGUUCAAACCAUCGGCUGUGGCUCACCAACCUAGGGUUGUAGUCGGAGGGGAUGAUCUGAGGACCUUCUACACACUGGUUAUGGUUGAUCCUGAUGCUCCUAGCCCAAGCAGCCCUACACUUGGAGAAUACUUGCACUGGAUGGUGAUUGACAUUCCAGCAACCACUGGUUCGGCCUUCGGCAGAGAGGUAGUGUGCUAUGAGCAGCCAAGGCCCAGCGUUGGGAUCCACCGUCUCAUCUUCGUGUUGUUCCAGCAGCUCGGCCGGGGGACGGUUUACGCGCCCAGUUGGCGCCACAACUUCAAUACCAGAGACUUCGCUGCACAGUACAACCUGGGUUUGCCGGUGGCCGCAGUAUAUUUUAACAGCCAGAGGGAGUCCGGCUCCGGUGGCAGAAGAGCUCCAUGGCCACUCGAUUGAUUUUCCUUUUUAA